GGCACUCUUCUAUCCAUAGAUCAUUUGUAUUUUUGUACAUCCCCGUGAAAGCAAGUGCAGUGAUCGCUUUUUGUUUUACCAGAACAAAAUGAGCUUUAAAGUAGAGACCAAGGCCUGUCAGAGCCCAGAUCUUCAUUGUGAAGACGAAAAUGAUCCGGUUGUAAGCCACAUUGAGCAGGAGCCAAAUGGCGACUUUAAGCUGGCUUUCUAUGUUCCAAAGUCGUGUUAUGGGAGAUUAAUUGGUCUCAAAGGUGCUACAAGGCGCAGCAUUCAGGAUUUAACCAACUCCGAGGUCAGCAUUCCAGGUUUGAUGGAUGAAUCUACUGACGUGGUUAUAAGGGCCAAGCAACGCAGUCACGUGGUCGCUGCACUGCGUCAGAUCCGCCAUCUUAUCACCUCCAUGCGAAAGAUGGGGGCCACCCACUUUUUGACCGUAACUCUGAACUAUUCUAAUAUUCAGGAUCGUUAUAUUGAGCUUAAGAAAAACAUUUUGGAGGCCCAAUUGCCAGGAAUUGAUGAGGGGCUAUUCAUAUCAGAGAAUUGCGUGCAUUUUACUUUCUCUGUCUUUGUGCUUCUGGAUGACGAAGAGCACCAAAGAGCUUUGAAUGAACUGCAGGCAUGCCGUUCCCUACUGGCUGACCUAAAAACCCCUUUCCAAGUUAAGGUCAAGGGCCUGGAAGUAACAAAUGCAGAUCCUAGCUCCACUCGUCGUCUUUAUGGUCGCAUCGAAUCUCCGGACCUGCAGAAGUUCGCAGAUCGGUGCUUCGCCCACUUCCAGAGGACCGGACUGUGCACCUCAGAUAAAUACCAUCGCGAUUCUAUCCAGAUGCACAUGACGAUAAUGAACGUCCAAUUUCGCCAGGCGGCGAUGAAGCCAGGGGACACGUUUGAUGCCCGUGAGAUUCUGGAGCGCUUUGGAGACUUCGACUUCGGUACGAUCCAGUGCCAGGCAGUGAAGAUGUGCGCAUUGCGAUCGCGCACUGGCGACAACUUUUACAAGAUAACCGGCAGUCUGGAAUUCUAAGACUAUGUUCUGGAACUAUCCGGAUAUGCAUCCAUAAUAUCCAAAAGUAUUAUUCAUAUGUGCCCCAUUAGAGGCAACGUCAUGGGACUUUCACGUGCCAUUUUGUGGAAUUUAUUAAGAUAAGCAACAAAGUUUUUAAAUAACUCUUCGAGUCUUUCAGUUGCCUUUUUUAAGUUAUAAAAUAACCAUUUAUAUAUUGAGAAAUUACGUUUAUUUUGAUUUGCCAAAAAUAUAGAGAAACCAGUUUAAUUCGUUUUCUUAGGGAUUCGUGGGUUUUUCAAACUUCACCUGAUUUUACACAGAAUGUGUCGAUUUAAAAAAUUUCGAGUCUCUGGACUUCAAC